AUUGAAGUCUCCAAGCACAUACAAGCACGUCUAAGACAAUAAUGAGUAAAUACACAAUGAUAUGAUAACUUCACGCCACUGACUCCAUUAUAAAACUCAUAAGACCAGGCAUUGUUUUCCACCUAUCAGAAAGCUAGAACUUCCACUGUUGAUUAGCUAUCAUUUGCCCUUCUCUCAUUGUUCUGCUUCCUGCACAACCACUAGUUAUGUCUCUGCUUUCAGAUCUCAUCAACCUCAACCUCUCAGAAUCCACAGAAAAGAUUAUUGCUGAGUACAUAUGGGUUGGUGGAUCUGGUCUGGAUAUCAGGAGCAAAGCCAGGACUCUACCUGGACCAGUUAGUGACCCUGCAAAACUUCCCAAGUGGAACUAUGAUGGUUCUAGCACAAAUCAAGCUCCUGGAGAAGAUAGUGAAGUCAUCCUAUAUCCACAAGCUAUUUUCAGGGACCCAUUUAGGAGAGGAAGCAACAUUCUUGUGAUUUGUGAUGUUUACACACCAGCUGGAGAGCCACUUCCAUCAAACAAUAGGUACAAUGCUGCCAAAAUUUUCAGUCAGCCUGAGGUUGCUGCUGAGGUACCAUGGUAUGGUAUUGAGCAAGAGUAUACCUUGUUGCAGAAAGAUAUAAAUUGGCCACUAGGUUGGCCAGUUGGUGGAUUUCCUGGACCACAGGGCCCAUACUACUGUGGUAUUGGUGCUGAUAAAGCCUAUGGGCGUGACAUUGUAGAUGCACAUUACAAAGCUUGUCUUUAUGCUGGCAUUAACAUUAGUGGUAUCAAUGGAGAGGUUAUGCCUGGCCAGUGGGAAUUCCAAGUUGGUCCUUCUGUUGGUAUCUCAGCUGGAGAUGAGAUAUGGGCUGCAAGAUACAUUCUUGAGAGAAUUACAGAGGUUGCUGGAGCAGUUGUUUCAUUUGAUCCUAAGCCUAUUCCUGGAGACUGGAAUGGAGCUGGUGCUCACACAAACUACAGCACCAAGUCCAUGAGAGAAGAUGGAGGCUAUGAGGUGAUCAAGAAGGCCAUUGAAAAGCUUGGAUUGAAGCACAAGGAGCACAUUGCAGCAUAUGGAACAGGCAAUGAGAGACGUCUCACUGGGAAACAUGAAACAGCUGACAUCCACACCUUCUCUUGGGGUGUGGCAAACCGUGGAGCCUCAGUUAGAGUUGGAAGAGAAACAGAGAAAGAUGGGAAAGGUUACUUUGAGGACAGAAGGCCUGCCUCUAACAUGGAUCCCUAUGUGGUCACUUCCAUGAUUGCAGAGACUACUAUCCUCUGGAAGCCAUGAAAAUCAAAUCACAGCCAUUGAUUUGCUUCUAGAUUUAGUAUUAUUGGCCAUGUACGUGGUCUUUUAAUCAAAGCAUUUGCUCCAUGGACCCUAUGUUCGGUUGAGCAAUGACUAUAUCAUUAAUAACCGCAGGGACUAUUGUUUCUUGAUUUCACUCUUCUGAUUUAUCACUUGAGUUAUGAUCAUUAUGGACUAUUUUAUUGUCCAAUUUUAUUUC